AGCACAACUACAACCUCAUCCUUAUUCACCUGCCCACACUCUUCUUCUCUCUUCCUUCGCCGCUUAAGAAUAUCCACAUCUCAUCUCUGCUUCCACCAUGGCCACACUCUUCGAUUCCCUCGCCGUCGUUCCUCUCCCUUCCGCCCCCUUCUCUCCGGUCACCGCCCGCCGCACCACCGCCAAGUUCCCCCACUACGCCGGCCUCAAACUCAGACCCCUCGCCGCCACUCGCUUCGCCCCUUCCUCCUCUCCCAGAAUCGCUUCCCGCACCGCUCGCAUCGUCUGCGAGGCUCAGGAUACUGCCCUCGAUGUGGCUCCUAUUAAUGAUGCAAAUUGGCAAUCCCUUGUCCUUGAAUCUGAAUCUCCCGUUUUGGUUGAAUUUUGGGCCCCAUGGUGUGGUCCCUGCCGAAUGAUUCACCCUAUAAUUGAUGAGCUAGCAAAGCAAUAUGCUGGGAAGCUAAAGUGUUACAAACUUAACACAGAUGAGAGCCCUUCAACUGCUACAAGGUAUGGCAUUCGAAGCAUCCCAACUGUUAUGAUAUUCAAGAAUGGCGAGAAGAAAGAUACAGUUAUUGGUGCUGUGCCCAAGUCAACAUUGACCACAAGCAUAGAAAAAUUCUUAUGAGGUGGUAAGUAAAGAAGGCUUUUGCUGGAAGUACAGCUGUUUUUCCUUUUAGCUUAUUUUGUUCUAAGCCCAUGUCCCAAGUUUCUGUGAUUUGUUUACUCAAAUACUUAUGUUCCUGUACAGUUAUCAGAUGCAAUCUUAUUUUCUGCUUUUAGAUUAUUCUAGUUACUAAGUGAAUUUGCCAUUGAUCAUAGCGCAUUUUAAAUUUACUUUACAUCUUUGGCUGGCUUCUGUUUCUUUUAAUCUUUCACUGAACACUGGUGACACGUGGGGUAUAUGUUUAUAAAACAUAAGUUAGAUAAUUUAAAUUAGAUCUAUUAGGUCUCAUGGAUAUUAAAUGGAUAAUUUGGAAAUGUAACGUUAAUUCUCUGGUGCAUUUGGCUGAAGCGAAAUACAUGCAUAUCUUUGUUAUUGACUCUUUGACCUUAAACUUUCUGUGCUUCUAGCCUCUCUUUUGUAUUUGCUAUUAGCCAGUGGAUGUUUCAAUAUUGCUGUUAUCUUCCAUUUGUGGAGUAACUCAGCUACA